AUGAGAAACGCAGCAGUAUACGCCGGCCUCGUGGCCACUACCUUCUCUACCCUCGGACAGGCAUUGGUUAACCUUACCAUUGUCUCGUCGGUCGAGGACGUUCGCUUCGGCGAUCAUCUCCUGGUCGAAUGGAUGACUGAUCGCACCUAUAGUCUCGAAUUCAACUUUGUCAAGAAGGAAUCCUGGGGUUGGUCUGUAGCUGAAGCCUUCUUUGACGACCGCGUCGCAAAAGCUGGCGAGGGCAAUAUUACUGUCAUCGUUCCGCAUGUGGAAGCCAACCGGUAA